GUGCCAGAGGGCCCGCUGGCCCAGUGGCCCGGUGCAGGUGACGCAGGGCGGAGGUCAGCGCGCGCUCUCGCCACAGCAGUGUGCCCACCGACAGCCGUGCCAACUCACGGCCGCAAUGGGUAAAACAGCCGCCAACGGUGCACCCGAUCCGCAGGAGGCGGAGAAGGGCUCGGCCGCCCGAACGCUGGGUGCCGCACACGGAGCGCGCACGCGCACCGACAGCUGCGGAAUAUACUCCUGGCACAAAGAUGAUGGGCAAAAAGUCAACCUUAUAUUCACCAAUGACGAGAAGGUGGCGAUUAAGGACUUCCGCUCGGAGGUGCGCGCGGCAAUGGACGUGUCGCAUUUCAUCAAGGAGGCGCAGCUGCUGCUUGAUGUAGACGAGACCUCGGUGGAGGGCGUGCUGGAUCGUAUGCUGAGCGCCUUGCUGGAUCAGGAGCCGCUGGCCACCAUCGAGGAGGCCAAGGCCACCCUCUUCGUCAAAGACUCAGUGACGCAGCUGGCCAGAACCAUCCAGGGAAUGUGUCCCAGCCCGGACCGAGACGCCAACGAUUACGACCAGUCGUGGGUCGCCACCAUGUGCCAGCUACCGACGCUGCAGAGUCGACACGUGGCCGUCGCCCGUCUCAAGCAUCCCGCCAACUUUGGACGCACGGCCAAAUACGUCAAGCUGUUUGUGCUGAUUGUCGUACCUAGCAGGGAGAAGGGUACCAAGAACGCCCUGGAGACGGCGCGCACGUUCGCCACCAUCGUGGCCGAUAUGGAGCUGCGCCAGCGGCUGCUGGACGUCCACGACCAGGAGGAGUUCAUGCAGCUGGUCGUCAGUCACACCGAGGCGCUGGCCGCCGACCCGGCAGAACCCCCUCACAUCGAGCCGGAGCCUUUGGAGGACGAGAAGCUGUGCUCCUUCGGCGUCGGAGUGGUGUCCGACCUGCGCAGAAGGGCUGGCUUCUAUCUGCAGGACUACAUCGACGGAAUUGUUGGGAACAAAUCGCUUCAAAAGACGAUUUCGACUACAUUUUUCCUUUAUUUCGCCUGUAUUCUGCCGUCAAUCGCCUUCGGAGUGCUCAACGACCACAACACGGACGGCAAAAUCGAUGUGAAAAAGGUUAUCAUCGGCCAGGCGGCCGGCGGCCUGUUUUUCUUUGUGUUUGGCGGCCAGCCUCUGAUGGUGUUGCUCACGACGGCGCCGCUCGCUAUCUACAUCAAAAGUGAGUGGACCAAGGCUCUAUAUACCAGGUAGGUUCAUUAGGGAUUUUUUUUUACGUUCCCCCUACCGGCCCCGGAUGACGUCACUGGGAUGCUCCCGCCGCGGCCGGCCUAUGUAUAGAGCAUUACUACGGGCUUUCCGGUGGCAUUUUUUCGUGUUAUAACGCCCAAAAAGCUUUAAAAAAAACUUUUCGCACGAGAAAUUGAAAAUAUGUCGCAUUUUAAAGUGAGUAAUAGUGAUAAAAGGUCACGUUCAGGAAGAGCGGGCCGAAACCAGCGAGGCUUGUAUGGGUCCCAGGGCGCAGGGCUAUGGAGUCGGGACCGGACUUUUGAAUCGGAUUGUCGGAGUCGAACUGGAGCCGUAAUCGGAGUCGGAGUCGAUUUUGGAAGUCGGAGCAGGAGUCAGAGUCGAAGUCACCAAAAAUUCAUCGGUUCCGCAGAUUGCGGAGCUGCAGGGCUGCGAAGUCUGAGCCGGAAUUGGUCAGAAUAGACAGUUCUGCCCGGACCGGAGUAGGAGUCGGAAUUAGUUUUUGGAACUAGGAGUCGGGAGUCACCGAAAUUACAUCGACUCCGCUGCCCUCCUAGUGCGCUCAGGACGGAUGCACUUAAAUUGCAUUGCUGAAAAAAAUCGAAUAAACAUUGCCACUAAAUAUUAUAAGUUUCACUUAAAGGGACCCUCCCACCUUCAAAAAAGUUAAUGAAUUGGCACGAAAGUGAUGUCGCUCGGUUCAGAAAGAGCGAAAACGAAUAUCUACCAAAUUUCAUCGAAAAAUAUUCACCGGUUUUCAAGAUAUUAGACUUUUACUUUUGUUUACUUUUUGGGAUCUCCGCUGUUCCUAGCGACUUUAUUUGAAAGUGCGGCAUUUGUUGCGCGCAAAGCAGCAUAUACCACCGCGUGCUACCAAACGUUUUAGUAAAAGAUUUAAAAAUCGUUAGAUCUCCGCUGACGUCACAAAUUCUAAGGGGGCAUACCAAUGCACUAGCCCCUUAGAAUCCGAAAACUGCAAGUUUGAAAUUCCAUAUCUCCGAAUUAAAGCAUUUGUCGAUGUUGUGAGUGCCGAAACCGGUAUUUAUCCGUCGCCGCCCUCGCGCUUGCAAAAAACAUUGUCAUAGUGUGUAACGGGGCUGUAUUUUGUCCGUUUUUUGGAGAGGUGGAACAGCCCAGUACAGAGAGCACACAGCAUUAGCACCGCCUAAAGCAAGAUAAACGAACAAGGCACAGGAGGCGUUGGGGUGGCGGCGGGCGAACAACGACUUUUUUGCUGGCUCUGCGUCGCCUGUCGCUGCGUCAACUGCGGGUGCGGCGGCGCCGCCGCGCCGGCUCAGCCGCCGCAGGUUGACAAGCGCUUAAGUUGGCGACGACCGAUAAAAGUCUUUAUACGCCGUUGGCGCAUAAAUUGCCAUUUAUCCGUCGCCGCCCUCGCGCUUGCAAAGGGGCACUAGCGAAGGAAAUACUUUGAGAAAUGCAGUGAGGGCGGUACGACACUAGGAACUCGUGGGAGCAUCGUAAACCGACAUACUAUGCCAAAAGCAGAGUGAAUAAAAGCACAUUAUCAUGUGAGGUGGACAGAUGCAGGGUGGUCAUUUGGAAUAGAUGUAAAGGCAAUUGGAAACAUCAGCCAUGUUGGAAGCGAACAGGGCAAAAGCAAAACCAAACGCACCUAUCGAACCACACGGUGUGACAUUGUAUCUGUAUCGCAGUCAGUCCUCAGCGUCAAAAGCCGGCUAAGAGGAGAUGCCCAAAGUAUACACCUUCGCGGACCGCCGACCAGCUGAGCUGGAUCAUGCUCACGGGCCACACCAAAGACAGUAACGCGCACGGCGGAAGCGGCAGCCAGAAACAGUUGUUAUAUCGUACCAACGAUAGGGGCCGGACCGACCACCCACGGCGUGAUACUUAUGAGCUAGCUGACCGCAGCCCCGCCGGUACAAGCUGUUAGGAAGCCUUUACGCAAGAAGCCGAUCGUGGUGUGAGAGAAGCUGACCGAGCUCGACCGGCAACACCUAUUAGUGAAUAUGUGUCCGGAAUUCGUAACUCGCCGCUAGAAUUAUUUUCGGUCGCAGUAAAGUUGACAAUGUCUCCAACUUGCAAAAAAAAAAAAAAAAAAAAAAAAAAAAGAACAAAACUCGGGUGGUUGUCCCCGCGCGGUAUGUCCGAAUUCCACACCCUUGUCCUCACAUAGGUACAAAGUCCUACAGCGCCGAGAACCCGAGCAACUAGCAAUCCUGUUCGUCGCUAAUAGCGCUAUCCCCGCGAGAGACAAUCCAGGCAAGCUCACCUCCUCCAUCUUCCCCGUCCGCGGCUGGAAACGGGCAAGCGGCGGUUCGGCUAUCGCGCUGCAGCUCUGCUGAACAGCCUGCCACCUCACCUGUCGCAGCUGCCUCUCGCCGUGAGUAAAUGUGCAAUGUUCUGAAUGAUUAGAUAAGCAACCGCGGAUAUGGAUUCUGAGCAGUAAUCGCCACGCACGUUGUAUGUGGAUCGCUCUGAAAUAUAAAUACGAUGCAAUACAAACAAUACAAUAUCAUCCGCACUGUAUGGGCUUAUCGCUGCCAACCGGCAGAGACGAGCUCACCGCUGCUCCGCCGUAAAUGUCGAUUAUCUCACCAGGACGGUAGACUCCAUUGGAAUGAAUCUGUUCAGCUGCAUGUAGACGAAUGAAGAAAUAAAGAGUGAACACGCACGGUUGCGGGACCCGAACAUACGCAACCCGCCCCGGAAACUCGAAGGCGAGACCAAACCCCGCCAUUCCGGAAGAUAUCAGGGCGGGAACAGCCUCCGCCAUACCGGGAAUAUACCAGGGUGGGAACAGCCUCCACCAUUCCGGGAAUAGACCAGAGCGGGAACAUU